AUGGACUGCUUCGCGGAGGCUGAAGGAAAGAGGUCGCAUGACCCGUUGUACUGCAACCCCCACUCGCCACCGGCUACCGGCUUCCCUGUCGACAACAUCCCCGCGCCGGUCGUCAUCGUUGGAGCAGGGCCGGCUGGGCUGGGGAUGGCCGCACUGCUCGGCGAGGCUGGAGUUCCAUACAAGCUGCUCGAGCGGUGUAGCUGCAUCGGCUCCCUCUGGAGGCACCGCACCUACGACAGGUUAUGUUUGCAUCUCCCCAAACAAUUCUGUGAGCUCCCACUCAUGCCAUUCCCAAAAAGCUUCCCCACGUACCCGACAAGGGACCAGUUUCUGGAGUACCUCGAGUCCUAUGCAAGGAGGUUCAACAUCGAGCCACAGUUCCGCCAGGCCGUCGUCAGCGCCGAAUUCAAUGGAGACUUUUGGUGGAUUCGCACAAAGGAGGUCACCUCACUACCAAUGGGCGGUGAGCAGGCCACGCACAGCGGCAAAACAACUUUGUACCGCUGUAAGUGGCUUGUUGUUGCCACCGGAGAGAAUGCCGAGCCAGCGGUGCCAGAGAUCGAGGGCACCGGAAGGUUUAAAGGGCAGCUCAUGCACUCGUGCGAGUACCGUAGCGGUGCAGGGUAUGCUGGAAAACAAGUGCUUGUCGUCGGGUGUGGAAAUUCUGGGAUGGAAGUGUCUCUGGACCUUGCUAAUCACAAUGCAAUAACUUCUAUGGUUGUUCGUGGCACGUUGCAUGUUCUGCCUAGGGAGAUGCUAGGGCGCUCCACUUUUGGGAUCUCUUUGUGGCUUCUCAGGUGGUUCCCUGUACAAGUUGUGGAUUGGCUUCUCCUUAUGAUGGCACGCUUCAUUAUGGGCGACACAACCAACAUUGGUAUUACUCGGCCAAGCCUUGGCCCAAUGGAGCUUAAGGGCGUUUCUGGUAAAACGCCAGUUCUCGAUGUCGGAACCAUAGCAAAGAUUAAGUCUGGAAGUAUUAAUGUUUUUCCAGGAGUGCGGUGUUUUCAUGAGCAUGGUGUGGAGUUUACUGACGGAAGAACCGAGAACUUUGAUAUUGUUAUUCUUGCCACAGGUUACAAAAGCAAUGUACCUUACUGGUUAAAGGAGAAAACUUUUUUCUCGGAGAAAGAUGGCUUCCCAAGAAAGUCAAAAGAGUGGAAAGGAAAAAAUGGUCUCUAUGCUGUUGGCUUCUCAAGGGGUGGACUUUUAGCAGUGUAUAAGGAUGCAAUCAAGAUCUCAGAGGAUAUUGUUCAACAAUGGCAUGAUAUGUGUACGGAAGAUGUGAGAGAAACUUCAUCCAAUCGAAGAGCACCAUGUCCUAUUUGA